ACACUCGGGUCAGCAUUCAGGACCGUGUUCAAGGGGACGCCCCACUGGGACAGGACCCGAUUCCAGCAUCGCUCCGGAUUCACACUCUGCCCCGCCCCCUGGAGUCCAGGGAGUCUGCGGGGCGCCUUCAGCACUGUGGUCAGGAGCCCUGGGGCCCGUGGGUCUGGAGUGGAGGAUUCUGGAAGCCGAGUUUCCCUGAAGGGGAUUCAAGGAGGCUCUGUGGUGUUUCAUGUGAACAGACGUCCAGACGCCCUUCCUGAAGCCGAGCUGGAGAAGGUCUCUUGGGCCGUUAAGAACAAGACAAAUUACAUGGUCCUCCUGCGCGUCUCUCCCGGGGUAGAUGGUCCAGAAUGGGUCAACUCCCGGGACAAGUUGGAGAAGAGGGUCCAUGUGCUCAACACGACAACCCUGAGGAUGGACAAGCUGACCCUGGAGGACAGUGGGCAGUACCGGGCUCGAUCCUCCUUCACCGCGGGAUAGAAAAUGACCAGUAUUUCCACCUCAGUGUGUACGAGCCCGUGUCCCGUCCCCAGAUCCUGGCCGAGAUUCUGUCCCUCACACGAGACUGGUGCAACGUCACCCUGGAGUGCCACCUCAUGGGAACCACGGGGGCCGUGACCGUGUCCUGGGAGAGCAAGGGCCUCCCCAGGGAGCUGGAGCAGACGGGGGCCCUGGGCCCGGCCCCCACCCCCUGGACCCUGGCUCUGCACCUGCCCCUGAGCUGGCCCAGCCCCAGCGUCACCUGUGUGGUCAACAACCCGGUGGACCAGAAAACUGCCACCCGGGACCUCGGGGAGGUCUGUGGCCACGUCUCUGAGGGGGAAACAGGUCCAUGCAGACAGGACGGUGCCAUUUACAGGCUGAGCAUCCCAAGGAUUAUUUCCACCGUGGCAAGCGUCUUGCUUUCUGUGACUGGCGUAUGUCUGAUGUGGCGGUUUCGGAAGCCUCUCCAGCCCACUACCUGCCGGAGUUCGUCCUCCAAGCAAGACAGACGUGGGUCCUCAGUGUCCCUGCCUAUGCGUCCUCCCAGCUCAGCCUGAAGGCCUACCAGGAGCAGGUCGAUCCCCCGAGACCAGAGGAAAGCAGGGGAGCCCAUCAUUCCUAAAACCUCAACUUCCGCAAAGGAGCCACACACGCCAGCCUCCAGCCCAGCCGCUGUGUGUGUGUGUCAGAGCUGAGGCUUCCAGAAACAUCUGGGUUGCCAUUGAAAGGAGGAGUCUAAUUGUCUGAGGACAGUGCCAGCAUCUGGC